GCAGCGGCGGCGGCCGGGGCUGAGGCGGAGGCGGCGGCGGCGGCGGCGGCGACGGCGGCGGCGGCGGCGGCAGCGGGCGGGGCUCGGCUCGGGCUCCGCGGGCGGGCGGGCGGACAUGGCGGCCAACAUGUACCGGGUCGGAGAUUAUGUCUACUUUGAGAAUUCCUCUAGCAAUCCGUACCUCAUCAGAAGGAUAGAAGAACUCAACAAGACUGCAACUGGCAACGUGGAAGCAAAAGUAGUGUGCUUUUAUAGACGACGAGAUAUUUCCAACACGCUUAUAAUGCUUGCAGACAAGCAUGCUAAAGAAAUUGAGGAAGAAUCAGAAACAACAAUUGAGGCUGACCUGACCGAUAAACAGAAACAUCAGUUGAAACAUAGGGAGCUCUUUUUGUCACGCCAGUACGAAUCUCUGCCUGCAACACAUAUCAGGGGGAAAUGCAGUGUUGCCCUUCUGAAUGAGACAGAGUCUGUAUUGUCAUAUCUUGAUAAAGAGGAUACUUUUUUCUACUCAUUGGUCUAUGAUCCUUCAGUGAAGACAUUGUUAGCUGACAAAGGUGAAAUCAGAGUGGGACCUAGAUAUCAAGCAGACAUUCCAGAAAUGCUCUUAGAAGGAGAAUCAGAUGAGAGGGAACAGUCUAAAUUGGAAGUGAAAGUUUGGGACCCAAAUAGCCCACUUACAGAUCGACAGAUUGACCAGUUUUUAGUUGUAGCACGUGCUGUCGGGACAUUUGCUCGAGCCCUUGAUUGCAGCAGUUCUGUAAGGCAGCCUAGUUUGCAUAUGAGUGCAGCUGCAGCUUCUCGAGACAUCACCCUGUUUCAUGCUAUGGAUACGUUGUAUAGGCACAGCUAUGAUUUGAGCAGUGCAAUUAGUGUCUUAGUACCACUUGGGGGACCUGUUUUAUGCAGAGAUGAAAUGGAAGAAUGGUCGGCCUCUGAAGCUAGUUUAUUUGAAGAGGCACUGGAAAAAUAUGGCAAAGACUUCAACGACAUACGUCAAGACUUUCUCCCUUGGAAAUCAUUGACUAGCAUCAUUGAAUAUUAUUACAUGUGGAAAACUACUGACAGAUAUGUGCAGCAGAAACGUCUAAAAGCAGCAGAAGCUGAGAGUAAGCUGAAACAAGUGUAUAUCCCAACUUACAGCAAACCAAACCCCAACCAAAUAUCCACCAGCAAUGGCAAACCUGGUGCUGUGAAUGGAGCCGUGGGAACCGCAUUCCAGCCACAGAACCCUCUCCUAGGGCGAGCCUGUGAGAGCUGCUAUGCUACACAGUCUCAUCAGUGGUAUUCUUGGGGCCCACCUAAUAUGCAGUGUAGGUUAUGUGCAACUUGUUGGCUCUAUUGGAAAAAAUACGGAGGCCUGAAAAUGCCCACCCAGUCGGAAGAGGAGAAGUUACCUCCCAGCCCAGCUACAGAGGACCCUCGAGUUCGAAGUCACAUGUCUCGCCAGGCCAUGCAGGGCAUGCCGGUCCGAAACACUGGGAGCCCAAAGUCUGCAGUGAAGACCCGUCAAGCUUUCUUCCUUCACACUACAUAUUUCACAAAAUUUGCUCGUCAGGUCUGCAAAAAUACCCUCCGGCUGCGGCAGGCAGCAAGACGGCCGUUUGUUCCUAUUAAUUAUGCUGCCAUUAGGGCAGAAUAUGCAGACAGACAUGCGGACCUAUCUGGAAGUCCACUGAAAAGCAAAAGCACUAGGAAACCUUUGGCAUGUAUCAUUGGGUAUUUAGAGAUCCAUCCUUCGAAGAAACCUAAUGUAAUUCGAUCUACACCAAGCCUACAAACCCCAACUACCAAGCGGAUGCUAACCACCCCGAAUCACACGUCUCUGAGCAUUUUGGGGAAAAGAAACUACAGUCAUCACAAUGGCCUGGAUGAUGCUUUGAUGACAUUCCUAAUGCCAGCAAACCAAGUAUCUACCACAUUUAGCUGACUUGGCUAACACCAGGUGGCUGUGAAGAGAGAAGGCCCUGAGAUCAGUGGGGAUAGAAGAGGCAUUACUUUCCAUGUCUGAGAGCCCAAAAGGGAGGGCAGCAGGGGAGAUGGAAUUUGUGCCAUGGAAAAAAGCACAUCUGACUGUUCAGAGUCAGAAGGGAUUAAUUGCUGACUUCUCUGAUUAUUUCCUAUGUGGCUUUGGGUAAAUCACUUGGUUUCCUUAACGUUUUUUUUUUUUUUUUUUUUUCCCCUCUUCUGCGAAGUACAGAUUUCAUUUGCCUUAACGGUGUUGUUAUAAUGAUUAAAAAUUUUCACCUACUUUAUACCACUUGAUCUUCCAAACACUUUAUGAGGUAGGUGUUAUAACCUGCAUUUUAAUAAUGAAAAAAACUGAAGCUCAAAGAGGUGAAGGGAUUUGCCCAAAGUCACACUGCUAGCAAGUAGCAGAGAUGAGAUAUAAUCUCCAAGUCUAAGGUUGUUUCCACCGGGUAAAUAAGCACCGCUGAUCUGUGUGUUGAGUGCAGCAUGUACCUGGGAGAUGUUUCUGUUUUGUGUGUAUUGGAGAUGGGUUUGUGUCUGCAAAUAUAGAGAGGAAUGUAGAGGGUAUUUUUCUUUGCUCAGACUGCGAAGCGUAAGCCAUUAUUGUCUAAUCAAAGCCGUCACCUCCAUCUCCUGCCUCUGUGAAGCUCCUCUGCCCAUAUCGUACCCUCUCCUUUUUCUGGAACUUAGGGGAUAGGAGCUAUAUUAGUGUCAGAGAGAGGGGAGAAAAAAGAAAUAGAGAAAAGCCACAAUCAUUUAAAGGUGAGAUGUGUUUUAAUUAAGUUAUAUGAUAUUCCCAGCAUUGACUCUGACACAUAGUAGGUGUUCAUUAAGUGUUAAGAUUCCAUCCCCUCUUUAACGAAGAACUAUUAUUAAUGUUCUAUUUUGAAAAUUGUUAACAAUAUCAACCAAAGUUUUUGUAGUCAUAUGUGACUUGUAUAUAAAUAAAAUGUCAGUACUUUCCUUAUAAUUAUAUUGAUUUCUUAUCUAAAAGUAUGAUUCUCAAAAAAAUGACUCUUGGAUUUGCUUGAAGGUAAAUGGGUAUGUUCCAAUGUAUAUUUGCACAUAAAAGGGGCCAGUAUCUAUAAAGAAAAAUUGCCCUUAAGUUAUUUAGAAGAGUAUUAAAGACAAAAUUAGGUUUAUAAAGAGGGUUCAUUCAGCUUCCUGUAGGUUCCUGUGAUUAGAGACCCUAUGGCAAAGGGGAUGGAACACCAUCAUCCUGAGGCAGCGAAAUCUUUUUCAGAGUGAAGGCUGGGUCAGAAAAGACUCCAGAGAUGAGAGGGGCAGAGGGGCUGUACAGGCAUCUCUCACCCUCUCCUGACCCCCUAAGGAGAUGCCCUGGGACCCCCUCCCCACCCGGUGUCAAGAUGCUUGAGUUUUGGUCAAUCAGCAGGUCUUCCAUUGCACUGCACAGGGACAAGGGGACUUCCUGCUAUGUCUCCAUCUUUAUCAAAUGGGGACCCUUGAGAAUAGCUUCUGCUGUGUAGUGAUACAGACCAAGGGAGCAUCAGCUGGAGGUGCUCUUAACCUUUCUCUGAGAUGGCAUGGCUUUUGUCCCAAGGGUACUACUGAAGCAGGACUCAGUGUGUCA